AUGGCACGCUUGGGCAUCCGAUGUUUGAGGGGGAAGGCCUCUAUUGUGGAUGUCGACCCCCAAGAUGAGGAGCUUCGACUGCAGGAGAUCCUCGAGUACGUCAUGCCCUACUUCGAGGUUUGCUUCGAGGGCAAUACGCCAAUGGCGGAGCACGCCGAAGAACUUUACUUCACCUAUCUCUACAAUGUCUCCCCCUGGCACCGGGAGGCGACGUUUCUCAAAGCCUGCAGAUACGCUUUGGAGACCGGCUCCGUGUCAGAGCAGCCCCUGCUGGCGGACACCGUGUGCAAGGCCUUCUUGAGCGUCACGCUGCCCAGGCUGGUAGACCUUUGCGAUGCCAGAUUCGAGGCUGACUACGACACUGUCGUCGUGACCUACCACGAUAACGGCCUUUUCGCCAACGUGCUGCAACUCCUGGAUGCGCUGAUCUUGGCCAAGCCCCGCGCCACGGUGCUGGUGGACUGGCAGCGACAGGGCCAAGAAGGUCAUUUCCAGUACGGCGCAGUUGGCUUCGACCUCUUCGAGCACCUCUUCGCGCGCACCGCACGGUGCCGCUCGUUGGGCCGGCAGGAUUUGCAGCGUCGCGCCUUUGACUUCAGCAAGCGGGUAAACAUCCUCUUCAUGAACAUGUUGAGGGGCCUUAUAUGGGGUGUGCCUGCCAAGGACUUCCAAGCACUGCGGGAAGGCUACCACCGGGCCAUGAAGGGAGCUUUGCAGCCCUCGCCCCUGAUGAGCCGACGCGUCCGGGAGGUGACUGAAACCUGGCCGGAGGGAGCACGCGUGGUCGGGGUCCACAAACGCCUCGGCACCAACGAGGUUGCAGCGUGCCAGCUGGCACAACGCAACCCCCCGCCCUUGGAGUACCUAGCAGCUGCCAAGGCCAUCCUGGCACAGACGCCGCCGGGCGUGCCACAGGUCUUGUACCUGGCCACGGACGAGGUUCAAACUGCGGAGGCCUUCCGGAAGGAGCUGCCACCUGGGAGCAAGAUCCAACUGUGCUGCCGAGAAGGCGUCAAGCGCUCGCGCGGCGGCGUGCGCUCGGACGGCAUCGACAACGAGGUGCAUCGCUCGCCCUGCCGAGAAACCGACGCGGAGGACGCGCUCGUAGAUGCCCUGUGCCUGAGCAAGUGCACCGACUUGGUGUGCAUUGACUCCAACUUGUCGAUCUUCGUGUCGAUGCUCAACCCACAGAUCCGGAUCCACGCCAUGAGCCACGCGGUGCCGCCAGGGUGGGAGGAGAAGGCGGCCUAUCCCUCCGUGGCAGUCUUCUCCUCCUACCGGCCUGGGCCCGAAACGGGACCUUUUCGGAGGACCUCCACCUUGGCAUUUCCCCAGCACCUGCGCAGCAGGGAGAACGAGCACCCUGCCUUUUCAGCGCCCAGAACCCUGCUUCUGAAGAAGAAGGUGGUCGUGAGCGGCGCCGGGCCCGCGGGGCUGCUGGCGGCGCGCAGCAUUUUGCAGCACCGGCCGGGGGUGGAGCUGCGGAUCUAUGAGAAACGAGGUGAUCCGCGCGUGGAGCCCACCAGCGGCUUUCGGGCCUACUCCUUGGGUCUCAACAUCCGGGGCCGGAAGUCCCUGCAGCACUGGCCUGGCCUCUGGGAGCAAGUGGCACAGAAGGGGGUUCUCAGUGACAAGUUCCUGCUGCAUGUGGGCGGCUUUCAAUUGCAGCUGCGCGGCAACCAGCCGGGCUCCGUGCCCACGCUGCUGCUGGGCCGCCAGGAUUUGUGCGCCGCACUACUCGAGGAUUUGGAGCAGAGAUUCGGAGAUCGUCUUCACAUGCACUUCGGGGAAAGCUUGGAGAAGGUGGACCUGGACGGCAGGCGCUGCGUGAGCAGCGCGGGAUCCACGGCGUCCUACGAGGAUCUCAUCGGCGCGGACGGCGUGAACUCGGUGGUGCGGCGGGCCAUGGAGGGCAGGGAGGGUUUCCGCAGCGAAGCCGUGGACUUGCCUGGAGAGUUCAAGGUGUGGGUUGGGCCAUGCCCUCAAUCCUUGGAGCCCUUGGCCGUGCAUGCUAUGGCCUCGGGGGAGUAUAGCCUCUUCUCCAUCCCGCGGCAAGAUGGCCGGCUCUGCACCAUCCUCUCCUGGAACAAGGACCCGCCCAGCUUCCUCUCCGACUCCGACGAGCAGAUCGCCACGCGGGUGGAGAAGGACUUCCCGAGCUUCGGGCGACCAGCGCUGGAGGCUGUGGCGCAGCUGCUUCCGCAGCUCGCCAGCAGUGCCACCACCGUGCGGGCCAACCGCUACCACGACCUGGCGGGCCGCGCCCUGCUGCUAGGGGACGCUGCCCACUCCACCGGGGGCACAUUGGGCCAGGGCGCCAACAGCGCGCUGCAGGACGCUGUGGUUCUGGACCGCCUGCUUGAACAGGCCUCCCAGGAGGGGUCUGUGGUUCAGGAACUUGGCGAAGAGUUCUCCCGGCGCCAGCAGCCGGAGGGCCUGGCGCUGUGGAAGUUGCUGCAGCUGCCACCCAAGGGCCCGCUGUCCUUGGCCUACUUGGCCUCGCAAGGGCUCCAGGGCCUGCUGUCGCGCCUCUCUGCUGCCCCGCGCCCGGUACAAAGUUUGCUGAGCGAGACCACCACGCCCUACACGGCGAUAAUCGAGGCGCUCCCGAGCACAGCCUCGGAGAUCGUGGGCCAGGCGGUGUACGACCAAGUGGUGGCUGCCACAGGUCGAUACUGGGAAGGCUGGGUGGAGCUGGUCUCUGGUGGCUGGGUUCGCCCUCAAGGCGGCAACAGCGGGUGCUGGGCAAUGGAGCCCUUGCCAGAUGGGAUGGUGAGCAUGCGGCGCGUGUCCCAGGGCGAGCUGCUGAUCCCAGAAGGGCCAAGGCUACCGCGGAAGCGCCGGCCCAAUGAACCUCUACCUUCGGCCUGCUGUCAAGCCCAGACGUCCUCCUACUGCGCCAGCACCUCGCUCCGGAUGCGCCGCAUCUCCGCCCCCCGAGUUCGCAGAAAAGCGACAUGA